GUGGGGCGGGCCAGGAGCAAGGAGAGGCCUUCCUCCCUUUGUGCUCCCCCCCCCCUCCGGGGGGCCCUAUAAAUAGGCCCAGCCCCGGCUGUGGCUCAGCUCUCAGAGAGAGACGAGCACCAGGCAGCCGUCUCAAGCCAAGCCCCCUGCCAACAUGGCCAGCGAGUUCAAGAAGAAGAUCUUCUGGAGGGCGGUGGUGGCCGAGUUCCUGGCCAUGACCCUCUUCAUCUUCAUCAGCAUCGGUUCUGCCCUGGGCUUCCAGUACCCCGUGAGGAACAACCAGACUUCAGGUGUGGCCCAGGAUAACGUGAAGGUGUCGCUGGCCUUUGGGCUGAGCAUUGCCACGCUGGCCCAGAGCGUGGGCCACAUCAGCGGCGCCCACCUCAACCCGGCCGUCACGCUGGGGCUCCUGCUCAGCUGCCAGAUCAGUGUCCUCCGGGCUGUCAUGUACAUCAUUGCCCAGUGUGUGGGGGCCAUCGUCGCCACUGCCAUCCUCUCAGGCAUCACCUCCUCCCUGCCCGGCAACUCCCUUGGCCUGAACUCGCUGGCCCCUGGUGUGAACUCGGGCCAGGGCCUGGGCAUCGAGAUCAUUGGCACCCUGCAGCUGGUGCUGUGCGUGCUGGCCACCACCGACAGGAGGCGCCGGGACCUUGGGGGCUCUGCCCCCCUUGCCAUCGGCUUCUCUGUAGCCCUGGGACACCUGCUGGCGAUCGACUACACCGGCUGCGGCAUUAACCCUGCCCGGUCCUUCGGCUCCGCGGUGAUCACGCACAACUUCCAGGACCACUGGGUUUUCUGGGUGGGGCCGUUCAUCGGAGGAGCCCUGGCUGUGCUCAUCUAUGACUUCAUCCUGGCGCCGCGCAGCAGCGACCUCACAGACCGCGUGAAGGUGUGGACCAGCGGCCAGGUGGAAGAGUAUGACCUGGAUGGCGACGACAUCAACUCCAGGGUGGAGAUGAAGCCCAAAUAGGAGGGGCCUGGCCCGGGCAUCCAUGUGGGGGGGGCGAGGGCGGGCGGAGGGGGGGAGGGGUGAUAUCCACAUUGUAGACACUCUGACAAGCUGGCCAAAGUCACUUCCCAAAGAUCCGCAGGACCUGCGAGGUCAAGCCUGAUUUGGGGCUGUUGCUCUCACCUUCUUUCUCUUUCUCCGUUUUCUGGCCUCAGGACUUCCUGGGGACCGAGAUUCACCCAUCACCCACUCCCUUGACGUCACAGAGGAGGUGAAAGAGAGGGACCCACCCUGCUAGGUUGUCCACUCAGAGUGUGAUGGGAGGUGUGCCAGAAAGUCCCCCUCAUCCCGAAGUUGCUCACCAACGCACCUGCUGCAGGUGCCUGGGGCUCCAUGGUGAUGGCGUUGUGUCUUUGGGCGUCGCCCUCUUUCCUAGAAUGAGCACGUGCCCUCGAAGGUGCUCGGAGAGGGAAGAGAGCCCAGCAGUUGCAGCCGUGGGGGCAGGUGGCAGACAGGCCUUGUCCUUGCAGCCUGGCUUGCUUCCAGGGCACCCCCGCCCCAACCCUGUGGUGUGCUGCCCGACCCUGGGUACAUUCAUUCCAAUCUUGGGGCCUCAGUGACCCCAUCUGUAAAGUGGCAGGGACAAGAAGAGCUAUAUGGGCCUGAGCCCCCCUCUUUAGGAUUCUGUAAGUAUAGACACACCGCAGGUUCUGGAAGAUGUAGUCUGGACCAGCGCUGCGUCUUCCACUUGCCAAGUAUACAGCUGUACCUACCCAUCUGUGUGCAUACCUGUACAUAGGCUUAGUGUCUUAAAGCAGAGGGCGAUAUUCAGCCAUCGGAUGUCCCCGUUCCCAGGGGAGAGGGCUGAUCCCUAGGCACUGGCUCCACUGGACAGAGCCUGCUGUUGCAGAAUGAAGGCCUUGUAGGGGGCGAGGGAGGGAUGACCGUGUUCCUUCAUGAGUUGUGGUUGGUCUUUUCCACCCGUCACUGCAUCACCCCCAUCAUCACGCAGUUUUUCCCUCUUCCUGCCAGUGUAGACGCAGGCCAGCCGUGUGCAGGUGCAUUUAUUAAAGGGCACUCGGUCAUCUGAAGGUUCUCAAACCUGAGGACAGGUGAUCGUGAUUGGGGUCAGCCCUCGGAGGCCGACACCCUGGCUGGAUGCUGAGGGGAAUUUUCAGGUCCCAGCUGAUCCUACGGGGUGGGGAGCAGCAGCCCGCCCAUUCCCGAGCUCCCGAGCGGAGGCCUUGGGGCAGUUGGGUGACCUGCACGGCUCCCCAGGCCAUAGCCUUCCCUCCUCAUUUGUUUGGAGGGAGAGCUGGUUUUGACCCGAUGAAGUAGCUAUCUAUGGCUGCAGCCCCAGGACAAUUCAGAGCACAGUCUGCUUGGGGCCAGCUAUCUACACGUCCGUUCAAUUCCACCAGGGCCAGAGCAGGUCCUCCCAUGUGCCCGUGGCCACGACUGUGACAAAAACGGAGAGACGCAAUGCACAGGUAUCUGGAAGCAGCAGGACAAUCAGGAGGCCCUUAAUGGUCACGACCCCUCAUGACAUCCGCACACUCCCUUCUCCCUUUCCUAGCAAAACCUUCUAGCCCAUUUAACAGCUAAAGAAACUGAGGCAAGGACCCACAGCUAGAUCAUGAUUUGGCCAGGCCUCCUAGCCGCCAGGGCCAUGUCUCUGGCUACUCCCUGGACCGGGAGACUGGCCCCUCUCUUUCCCAGCUUCUGCAUUUCCGCCUGGGCAAUGGCCAGGGGCCAGGAGCGGGGAGGGUUGUGCUGCGGGGGGGUGGGGGGGCGGUGGUCAGACCCAUCCUGUCCUGUCCUGGCUGCUGCCUUCCGGGACCCUGCAUCUGUCUGCUCUGCAUAUAUGGCUCUUUGGAAUUGGAAUUACAUCAUAUGUUAAGAAAAUAAAGACUAAUAGAGGUCA